AUGCUGGGUAAUAUGGUUGGUAAUAUGGUUGGUAAUAUGGCAGGUAAUGCGGCAGGCAAUGCACAAAGUGCCAUGUCGGGUCUUGUUAGUGGUAUUCAUCAAACUGGUAGUAAAAUCAAUACUGCUUCUAAAAAUGUUAAAGUUAAUAAAAAGCAAUCGAUAGCAUUAAGUGCCCGUAUUGAUAGAUUAAUUGGAUUUUUAAAUGUAAAACAAUUAGAAAAUUUAUCUGGUGGUCCAAUAAGAAAAGCACUCGAAAGUUUUCUUACAUUUUUAAAAGAAUGUUUAGCAUUUAUAGAAAAAUUCGGUAAAACUGGAUGGUUUUCACGUAUAAGAAAUCAUUCUAAUCAUGCUGAUAAAUUCCAUGAAUUAAAUCAAGAGCUUAAUCAAUAUGCUAAUGAUCUUUCAGUUGGAUUACAGAUCAAUAUUCUCGGUCGAUUAAUACCUGAAAAUAAAGCAGAUGCCGAAGAUGAUUUACGAGAAAUUAAUGAAAUUGUUCAACGAACUCUAGUACCACCACCACCACCAUCAAUACCACCAAGAGCGAAUGCAACGGGUAGAGCUAAUCCUACUGGACCUCCUGCAACCGGUAAAGUUAGACCUGCUGGACUUCCUGCAGAUCCUCCAAAAAAUGAUUCAAAACAUCGACCUAGUUCUCGUCUUCAUCGAUAUGAUUUGUCGCAGCCACAAUAUCGAUCUCACCACCAUCAUCAUCAUCAUCAUCGUCAUCACAGCAUUGCAACUUUUUAUUGA